AUGUCCUGUCAAAUUUUGCAAAAGCGAGUAGAUAGUAUACUGCAGUUUAUGUCCCCACAUUGGUCUUGGGUUAAUUGUCAUAUGGUUAAUUAUUUAACUGAUAAUCAUUGGCAUAAUUUUGUGCCUUCAGAGCUGCAUAAUGAGUUAAGUAAUUUCUCUACUUUAGAUGAAUGUAUAGAGGAAGUUUUUUGGAAUAUACCAACUUAUAUGGAAGAGUCUAGUUGUAUGCAAAAAUUUCCGCAGUUUAAAAAAUUCCGACUUCUGGCUCAGCAACAUAGUUUACAUAGUUUUAAGGAUGUUAUAAUAACAGCAUCACAAUUUGAGGAAAAAGUACUGGGAGUGUCAAAAGAAACAAAACAACAGAUUAAAAUUAAAGAAUUUUUAACUGAAAAGAAACAACAUGAGGUGGAAAUUACAGCAGCAUUGGUUAAUAAUUUAAUUAGUAAUAGUUCUUGGCGUGAGCAGACUAUUAUAGUAGAUGCUGGUGAUGGUAAAGGUUAUUUAUCCUCACGUUUGGCUUUGGAAUAUGGUCAUAAAGUUUUGGGCAUUGAUAGUAAUACAGCCAAUACGCAAAAUGCCAUAGAGAGAAGUAAAAAAUUAAAGAAAGCUUGGAAUGGCUUAAAGGAAAGAGCAGAAUUAGAAUCUAAAGGUCUAACACCGGCCAGACGUGGUAAUUUAAAACAAAAGUUGCAACAGAAAAGCCUAGUCGAAGAGAAGUUGCCGCUUAGUCAUGAAAAUGAUAACUACAAGACCAUUGAUAAAUUUAUAACUUCCGAUAUGGAUUUGGUGGGAAUUAUACAACAACAAUUUGCCAUAAAUUCUAACCAAACAAAAUCCUCUAUAUGUUUGACCGGCCUGCAUACUUGUGGCAAUCUGGCGGCCACUUGUUUAAAACUCUUUCACACCCAAGCCAGCUGCAAACUAAUGUGCAAUAUCGGCUGCUGUUAUCACCUGCUAAAGGAACAAUUUUCCACUGACGAAUUCUUUGGCAAUAAAGAAAUUUCGAACUUAAAUCAAGAAAUAGGUUUUCCACUUAGUUCCUAUUUAAAAGGAAAAGAAAUAAAAUUAGGACGCAAUGCACGCAUGUUGGCUGCACAGUCUAUUGAACGGGUAAUGGCUGCCAAAGAAUUACCAAAUAUUUCCUUGUACUAUCGUACCCUACUGGAGUUGUUAAUAUGUGAAGAGCACAAGGAUUUAGAAAAUACUGUACAGGUGGGCAAAAUACGUAAAUUUAGUAAUUUUAAAGAGUAUGUAGAUUUGUGUAGAAAAAAGUAUCCCCAUUUAAAUUUAAAAGCAGAGAGGAUAGAAGAAAUUUUCACUGCCCAAGAGCUGAGUAGAAAUAAGAAGUAUUUAGAUUUAUUUUAUUUAUUACGCAUGACUUUUGCCCCCGUUUUGGAGUCACUUAUAUUGUUAGAUCGUUUAUUGUUUUUGAGAGAGAAAGGUUAUGAACAAAGCUAUCUAAUACCGGUAUUUGAUCCGGUUGUGUCUCCCAGACAUUUUGCCAUAGUGGCUAUUAAAAAUCAAUAGAAUUAAGCGUAAAUAAGAAACAAAAUCCAAAAGAAGAAAGAAAUACUAGUGGAUUAUAUUCUAGUCUUUAGCUUUGACAAUAGCCAUUGUCUAUAUUGUCUAGUCUAUAUUCUGGAGUAAAGUCUAAUCUUCAACCCUAGAAGCUUAGCCAACAGUAGGACUGUUACAACAACAAUAUUAAAGAGGGCAAGAAAACUUCCAUUAAGACAACUGGUAGUUGAGAGCCUCAAUCCACAGCUGCCGCAUCGUACAUGGACAACAAAGAGAAAAAUAAAGAAAACCACAUUCUUCUAUUACAAAAAUCCACACGUUUUUAUUAAUUUUUUCUUUUUUUUAUAAAAUAAAAUGAAUUUAAUUCACAAAGAAACUCUUACAAUAUCAUCCCUUUCAGGCUGCAACUCUUUAAUGUUUAUUUUUCUUUUCAUCUUCAUACUUAUAAUGUAAUUCCAUACAAUCGGUAUUGGAAAUGUUAAUCCAACCAUUGGGGGUCAUAUGAUAAACACGUACAAUACCACCCGAAUAGGCAUCUCUAUAGGUGGCAUGAUAAAUAGCACGUCUGCCCAAUUCUUGAGCCUCUUCAUCUUUCAAAUCCCACUUAUAGCCAGAAUCCAAAACACCAAAAGCAUAAACAGAACCACUGCCCACAGAGAAAACAUUACCGGGUGUACGUGAACCCUCCGAAUC